AUGCCACGACUUGAAUUUACUUUGCCCAGAACCAGGCAUGCGGCUCUUCUCAGCCCUGCCGGAAGUGGGCCAUGCCCGCCUUCAAGAGGAAGACACCGCGGCAAUUCGCUGUCUUCCUCCGGAGUCCACGAGGUGCAACGUGUCCACCGGCAAUGGUUCAAGCACUCUCGGCUGCGCAGGUGGCUACAGCGGCAUUCUCUGCUCGGAUUGCGCGGCAGGUCACUACGCCGCCAGCAAUAUGUGCGAGUGUGUCCAAGCAGAGAUGCCAUGCCAGAGCUCUUGCACAUCGCCAUAGCUGCGGCCAGUACUUUGACAGUAGCUUCAGUGUUAGCCUUGUGGCUACAGCGGAGAACGCCGGGAGAACCAAAACUACCCGAAGCAUCUGUGCUGUCGGCGCUGAAAGAGCAGAUCAAGGGGCAGGCGCCCAUCCUGUUACAAACUUGUCAGGUGUGGGCUGUUCUUGCCGUGCUUGCCAAAGAAGAGCAAGCGCAGAGCUCAACAUCCUUGUGGGAACUGCCGUACGUAGAGGUUUUGCAAUUUUCAUUUGACAGCCUGAAGAAUGGCCUGAACUUGCAAUGCCGCUUUGACGCUGCGAGCGUUCGCUUGGCUUCCGCCCUGAUCGCGCCGGUCGCUCCGGUGUUGCUUUUGGUUUCCUGCCUUUCUUUGGAAGUAUACAACGGAUCUGGCAUCCGUGCUGCGUUGAAGGUCCUGACGAUGUUGUACAUUGGGGGGGCGUCCGCAGCAUCAAAGCUGUUGAGCUGCCAAACGACGGACGGGGCAGGCAAUCUCCUCAAGGAGGACAAAUCGACUCUCAAGCAUGCGACGUUCACACGGCGCUUGGUGGCAGCGGCUGCGGCCUACAUCUCCGUUCUGAAGCGAGGUCGUGUGACUGUGGAAUUGAAGCAGGGCACAGUGAUCGUGAAGCCCAUCGCAGGCGAUUCCUCUCGAACCGAUGAGCUUCCAAGCGCUGGUGCGAUCAGUCUGGCUGCUAAAGUUGACGUUGGCUCCUUGAAGAGCCGAGAACUUGCUGAAGCCAUGAUGGACCGGUGCAUUUUGGAAGAAAACGAAGCAGAGGAGCCGGUCUUGGCGGGCGCCAAAGACAUCUUCGUCAAGUACGCUCGUUGCCGAAAUGUGUACAUGGAAAUCCUGCAGAAAGCUGCCGCCAUCGCGUUGGUGUCAGUGGUACGCAGUGAAGAUGGCGUAGAGCUGUCAGUUGCGAUCACUUUGCUGAUGGCUGCAACAAGCAGAAUGGUGCAGCCGUUUUUGCAGCCACAGAUCAACACUCUCCAAUGCUGCUGCUUUUUGUGCUUGGCUCUGGCGUCACUGAGCUUCAGAUGUCACAUGCCUUGGUUGAGUCGCGUCGCCUUGGCGUUGCCUUUCCUGCUCAGCGCGGUCUUAGCCCUAAGGCCCGACAGCACGGAAAGCCUCUCGGUACGACUCUGGGAGCAGCUGAAGCAGCAGAUUCCAAAGCUGGAAGAUGAUGGCGAAGCAGUGGAGGUCGUCGUCGAGACCUGUAGCUUCAUAUGA